GCCUAGUGUAUAUUAUCGGAGACUGGAAUUAACACAGCAAAAUAUCUCACAUUCUGUCCACUUUUUGGGUCGGUAAUCACAGUACACUGCAAAAAAGCUUAACAAUGGAACAAAGAGUGACUGUCCACGUCGGUCAGGCGAAUCCGCUAGACAGUACUGGUCUGUGCCUGCUGUCGCUUGACGGUGGCGGCGUGCGCGGGCUCUCGACCCUCUACAUCCUCAAAGGCUUGAUGGACCGGCUGAACGAGAAACGGCCACCGAAAACCCCAGCGAAGAAGCCCUGCGAGGUCUUUGACCUUAUCGGCGGCACCAGUACUGGCGGCCUUAUUGCAAUCAUGCUGGGUCGACUGGAGAUGGAUGUCGACCAGUGCAUCGCAGCAUACGUACGAUUGAUGAAAACGAUUUUCGAAAAGCCAUCAAAACGGAGUUUCCAUAGCCUGUUUGGCAAGAUUGAGUCCCGAUUCGAUGCCAAGCAACUCGAAGAAGCGAUCAAUCAAGUUAUCAGCAGCUGUGGAGUAGGCCCAGCCGAUCCUUUCAACGAUCAGACAGGGCGUGGCUGUCGAGUAUUUGUCUGCAGCAUCACCCAGGAAACAAAGGAGAUCGUGCGCCUUCGCAGCUACCAGAGACCCGGUAAGGCAAAUAUCCCUGCCACAAUAUGCCAGGCCGCCCGUGCCACUUCGGCUGCCACGACCUUCUUUGAUCCGGUAUCGAUUGGGGCACGGAAGUUUGCUGAUGGCGCGCUUGGGGCCAACAAUCCGGUGGACGAAGUAGAGAAUGAAGCAUCUGAUAUCUGGUGUCCAGAGACUGGAAAUCUAAAGCCGCUGGUGAAAUGUUUCAUCUCCAUUGGAACAGGCAACCCGGGGAAGAAGGCCAUGGAGGACAACCUUUUCAAGUUGUUGUCUAAAACCCUGCCAGAACUGACGACGCAAACCGAACAUACUGAGAAGAAAUUCAUUGCCAAGUGGCGUCAGCACUAUGCUAGCAAGCGGUACUUCCGGUUCAAUGUAGAACAGGGACUGCAAGGGGUUGGGCUGGCAGAGUAUCAGCAUCAAGGCCGGAUUGAAGCAGCAACAGAGGAAUAUCUUGACCAUCAGACAGUGGAGUUCCGGGUACGGGACUGUAUUCAGAACCUGGAGUUAAAGCAGAACAAAGCAUCGAUAGGCUUCACGGCGACUCUGAAAAAAUAUUAUAAGGAGCUUCAAGAUCAGAUGAUACUUCAACGGCAGUGGCGUGAUCGGAGUCGUUGGCAUGUACCUUUUGAUCGAAACACCAGGUUUAUUGGCCGCAAAAAUCUUCUCGAUGAUGUUCACCAGAGAUUGCAACAGCGCACCCACACCACAAAGAUUGCAGUUAUCGGUCUUGGCGGUGUUGGCAAGACGCAGCUGGUUCUUGAGCUAGCCCACCGAGUUCGAACAGAAUUUGCAGUGUUUUGGAUCCCAGUUAACAGCUUGGCCAACCUUCAAACCAAAUAUCAGGAAAUAGCUCAGAGUCUUCAUCUGCCAGACUGUGAGAAGAAUGGUACUCACGUCCUAGAAUCAUUGCAAAAGUACCUUAGUGACGAGAGUAUCGGUCCGUGGCUGCUGAUCUUCGACAAUGCCGACGAUAUUAGUCUGUGGAUAUCCCCUUGGUCCUCUGAAGUGGGAGCGAAGCGGCUGAUUGACUACAUGCCCCGAAGCAGGCAUGGAUCCAUUAUCUGGACUACGCGCGAUCGCAAGGUAGCCAUAGCCGUGGCUCGAGAAAACACCGUGGCAGUGCCAGAAAUGGAUGAGCUCGGAGCGUCAGAGAUGAUGCGGAGAUAUCUGAUAAAUCCGCAUCUUAUCAAGGACAACGAAUCUAUCUUAGCUGGGCUUCUGCGAAAACUGGUCUAUCUUCCUCUUGCAAUCGUGCAAGCAGCAGCCUAUAUCAAUGAGACUGGCAUAUCGCUGGCAGAGUACGAUGCACUCUUUUCCCACCAAGAUGAGGAGGUUAUUGAGCUGUUGAGCGAAGAGUUUGAAGACGACAAUAGAUACCGGGUCACUGAGAAUGCAGUUGCAACAACAUGGUUUAUUUCAUUUGAGCAGAUCCGCAAGCGCAGCUCUCUCGCAAUCGAUUAUCUGGGUUUAAUGGCCUGUGUGAACCCUAAGGAUAUCCCUAUGUCGCUGCUGGCGCUACCCGAAAGAUCAUCGCAAAAGCAGCAAACUGACGCGAUCGGUAUUCUGGAUGCUUUCUCGUUUAUCACGAGACAUGGCGAUGGAUCAGUAUUUGAUAUGCAUCGACUGGUACAUCUUGCCACACGAUGGUGGCUGAUAAGGAAUGGAGAGCUAUCUGCCAUUCACAGAAGAGCAGUGGUGCAGCUGAAUGGGUUACUAUUGGACGUCAGCAAAACCAAUCACCCAGUCUGGCGGAUAUACGUUCCCCAUGCACAAUACGUUGUAACAGGAGAGAGCAACAUCAGCGAUGAUGUAAUCGAUCUUGCGCGAAAAUGCGGGAAAUGUCUGGACUAUGAUGGGUGUACCGCGAAGCUGAAGUAAUGUGUCGGAAGGUUCUUACCUAUCGAGAGGUGCUGGGGCCCGAGCAUCCCUCCACUCUCGACAGUGUUAAUAACCUUGGCUUAGUGCUCUUCAGCCAGGGUAAGUAUGAAGAUGCGGAGGCUAUGCACCGACGAGAUCUAGAAGGAUCAGAGAAG